AUACCUGAUACUAUUAAUGAUACACAUCGUGGGAAUAAUUACAGCUUGAAUAAACAGAGUACCUAUUCUCUUAUCUUCUGUUUGGCUUUUAAAACUAACAAUUUCAUCAUGAGUAGAACAAAGCCACGUUGCUUUGACCUGGACCCUCCUUUAAUACACGUGGCAUAUUUUUCCAUAAAGUAUCAUAUCUUCUUGGCGAGUUGAUGAUUUAUUUUCAAGACUCAAGCUACCAGGUAUCACGAGUAUUAUUUGCUGUGAAGCGAAAAAAAGGCCUUCCUCCAGUUUUCGAUUCGACGUUUAAAAGACUAUAUAGUUUCAGCGCGGUUUACAUAACUACAGUCACACAAAUAUGGAGUACAGACAAUUGUUCAUAGUUGGUUUCAUGCUAAUGUGCCUGGCAAUUCCCGUCUUCACUGACGACGAUGUAGAAAUUGAAGUUGAGGACGAGGGCGAUGAUGACAAGAAAGAUGACGUCGCGGCUAUGCCCCCUCCCGAGAUCGAAUGGGAGAACAUCAAGGAAGUCGAGAAUUGUAAGAAGAGACUGUCUAACGAUGACAGCGCCGGGAUUCAUUUUGUUGGAAAACUGGAAUCAGACGGCUCCGUAUUUUACGACAGUCGUGAGGGUAACGUGAAGGAUGACUGGACAUCGUUUCCGAUGGGAGUCGGUGAGAGCAUCAAGGGACUCGAACUCGGUAUCAUAGGCAUGUGCAAGGGUGAAAUCAGGAGGAUCGUUGUCGAACCAGACAUGGUGAAAAACGGACGAAACGUGUUCGAUCCCGAAGAUGGUGUGAUCCCGCGUGGGAAGAAGUUGAUCUUUGAGGUUGAGCUGAUGGAGAUGGGUCCUAACUACGUCAAAGGAUUACCAAAUAUGUUCAAGGUUUACGAUGUCAAUGCCAAUGGUCAACUAUCUCAUGAUGAGUUGAAAGUUUAUUUGCUUAAGGACGGCACAUUUGGACCGGAUGGACCCCUUGUUGACAAACUCGCUCAAGAGGUCAUCGAUAAAGACGAUCGUAAUAAGGACGGAAUUCUAACUUGGAAAGAGUUUUCAGGACCAAAACACGACGAGCUUUAAGGUGCUCAGCUCAGAUCUGGCGAGCGUUUCAUGAAACAUGGAGUCGGUGAUUCGCAUCGACUAUUUGUUAUAAUCUACUGAAAUCAUCGCAUCUGAUUGGCUGUGAGCUGGUUUGUCAUUGAAUAUCACUGACUAUUAGUUUCAUGAAACACUCCCCUGAAAUUUCAGUUCCCCCUAAUCUUUACAACAGUAUGCCUCAGCAGAGAAGAAAAAAAUAUCGUGAUAACAAAGAAACAUGGCGAUACGAUUAAGAAGUUAAUUUCACCAUCAAGAAAUUUUGAUAAUGGUGAUGGUAGCUAAGAAUAUUAGUGUCAAGUUUAUUUCUGGAAAUUCAUUUAUAGAGGGAAAAUUACUAUUUUAAUUCUUAUAACAGGAAAUAAAACACUGAAAUAUAGCUACCAAGGUGAUUUUUUUAAAUAAUGUACCUAAUAAUGAUGAUGAUAAAUAAUAAGAAUAAUGAUGAUGAUGAUG